GCGCUGUGCAGCUGCCAUCGGCCGUGGUGGCGGCGGCGGCGGUGGCAGCGGCUGCGACAGCUCCGGGAGCCGGAGGGACGGCGCCGGGCGGCCGGUGGCCGCCUUGCUCGCCUGACCUGCGUGCCCCCCCAGUGUCCGCGCCGGGCUGCCCCGAAGGAUGUCCGCCCAGUCCAAGGGGACCGCAUCCUCGUCCUCGUCGCCGUCCGAGGGGCCGCCGGCUGCCUCCAAAGCCAAGGUGAAGGAGCAGAUCAAGAUCAUCGUGGAGGAUUUGGAAUUAGUGCUGGGGGACCUGAAAGACGUGGCCAAGGAACUUAAGGAGGUGGUUGACCAGAUCGACACACUGACAUCUGACCUACAGCUGGAGGAUGAGAUGACGGACAGUUCCAAAACAGACACGCUUAACAGCAGCUCCAGCAGCACAACAGCUUCCAGCUUGGAGAAGGUCAAGGUGCGGGGCAGUGCUCCACUCAUCAAGCCCCCUGCUCACCCCUGCGCUAUCCUCACCGUGCUGCGGAAGCCAAAUCCUCCCCCACCUCCACCACGACUGACGCCUGUCAAGUGUGACGAGCCUCCGAGGCUGCCUCCUUUGGCCAACCCUGUCAAGACUAAUGGUACCCUGCUGAGAAAUGGGCCCAACCGCAUCCCAAAUGGAGAUAUGUGCUGUAUACCAAACAGUAAUUUGGACAAAGUUGCGAUGCAGCCUCUAAUGCAUAGACCCGAGAAAGAGCGGUGUCCUCAGCCAGGAGCAAGGGAACGGGUACGAUUUAAUGAAAAAGUGCAGUACCACGGUUAUUGCCCAGACUGUGAUGUUCGGUAUAACAUUAAAAACAGGGAAGUGCACUUGCACAGUGAACCUGCCCAUCUUGUGGGAAAGCUGCCGCAUCAGUGCCCUCCUCUGCCGCCUCCACCGCCUCCACUGCCUCCAUUUCCCCUAGAAAAUGGAGGGUUGGGGAUAAGUUCCAGUAACAGCUUUCCUCCUCCGAGACCCGCGACUGUGCCUCCACAAACUGCACCAAAACCCCAGAAGACCAUCUUGAGAAAAUCAACCACUACAACAGUGUGAUGUAUGCCACUUGAAAAAACUCUUUGUUUGUUUUUUUUUUUUUUUCCUAUAUAUAAACAUAAAUAGGUAAUGAGCACUUUCUACUUGAGCAAUAAAAAGACCCAAUGUAUUACUCCCUGUGUCCAGUGAAGUGGCAUAAAAAUCACAUGGCUGGUAGCAAAUGAGAGUGUGAACACCAUGAGUCAACACGCAACUGUGUAGGAAAAGAGUGUAAGUAGCAGUGAGAGCUGAAGGAAUGCACCUUCAAGCUUGAAGGAAUAUCUAUCUGGAGGCACGUCAGUUAAUUUCUUACAUAUCAAAUUCAUCAUCGUGACUUCUUGCGCGCCAGAUCAGAAAAGUAAUCAGGAACCUGGCCCUUCGUGGAGCAUGGGAAAGCCCUUCCAGUCAGAGCACAAUGAACCAUGAGUGUAAUCUGCAUUGAGUCAACUGUCUCAGAUCAGAGAGCUGCAAGCUGAGUCCUGGCAAAAGCCACAGCCUUAAAUUCCACUUGGUGGGAAAGAAGAAUAAAGAGGACUAAACAUUUGCCCCAUUUCAGAAACUGCUCUCCAAGCCUGACAACUGAGUUCUGUGCUGAGCAACCAGAGUAACUGAUGAUGAGUUUUUCAUGGGUCAAGCCAGCGUCCAAAAAUAUUUCAAUAUGUAGCCAAAAGGAGAAACGAAGCACUUAGGUGAUCCAGGAUAUGAAUGCAUUUACUGCAACAGAGGAAUGUUACUGUCUACAGGGAAAGAAGAUCUCUGUCAUCCCUUGUACAUAUUCAAAGCCAUACAGGAACAGGGCAUCAGUGAUGUUAAAUUGCUCAAAAGGAUUCUGUCUCCUGUCCUCCACCCAACUUUGAAGAAGUUCAGCUGUUAGAGAUUGCAUCUCAAUGCACUUCUAGUAUUUGCACUGUCACUUCCAUUCAGGGUAAUGAUGUGUGCCACUGUUUGCACAGACAGCCCCAGGAGAUUUUUGACCACAACAAGCUAUAUUUUGAUGGGGCUCCAAAAGGAAUAUAAAAGUUAGGACUGAAGAAAAACAUUUGUGUGCUCUUUCACUAUGGGGAUCUCUUCACUGAAAGGACUAUGGUCCUUUCUUAGGUUUAAAUAAAUACAUACAUAUACAUACAUAUAUAUAUAUGUAUAUAUAUGAAAAAGCAUCAACAUUAUAAGGUGUGUUUAAAAAGGGGAUAUAAUCUUUUUUAAUACCAUCCAUUUUUUAUCAUGUUAGCAGACAAGGAAUUUAAUCUAUUGAAGUAUACAGCCACACUGUUCCUGUUGAACACUGACAUUAUAGUCCCAGUUACUGUUAAAGAAAAUAAGUCAUUUGUAAUAUGUAUUUGACAUAUUUUUUUUUCUAGCCAUUUGUCUAUACUUCAUGGAGAAAUCUAACAGACAAGCAGCAUUCUCAGUUUAUUUUUCUAAAUAAAUGUCGUUUAUAUUAUUUGCAGUCACUUAUUUUGGCUGAUUUUCAUCAUCUCCAAAAAUGAUUUAAAGACAGAACCAAAACACAGAAAUCAUUCGUUCACGUUAACCUGUAAUGAUUUGCUGAUCAAAAGCUUUAAUAUAAAUAUUGUAAUUUGUAAAACGAUGAAGUAUAUUUAUACCGGCAAAUAUAUAUGGUAAACAAGAGGAGGUAUUUUAACUCUUAAUUUCAGAACAUAGUUUAUUUUAAUAUCCACACAAAGAAAUCUAAAUAUAUAAUGGGAUAAUUUUUUUAUUAUCAGUAAAUUUUAGCAAGUAAAAUUUGGAUGUUUAAAUGAAAGGAAUGUAGUCUAAUAAUAGUAGUUUCCCAAAUUACACAGAAAUCUUUUCUCAGCUGCCUCAUUUUAUUCAAAAACUAUUUUUGUUUUUGAUUAUUUUUUGUUGUUGUUGUUCAUUUGUAUGCUUUAGUAUACUGAAAAGGCCAUGAAGAUGAUACCAUUUGAUCACAAAAAAAUUGAAAACUUAUUGGAUAAGAGGUUGUUCCUUAGAACAAUCUACAGUUUAAAGUUAAGAAUAGUUAUUUUUAUUCAGCUACUGCAGUCAUUUGUUAUCAAGUUAUUGAAAAUUUCAAUGCUGGCACUCUUUUGAAUAAAAAUGUUUUCCUUUUUUCUUAGUCCAUUAGCCUGUGUGUAAUUUUAAGAGAAAAGUAAAACAUAUGAUUCCCCAUUCCCUUAAAGCAUUCAUCUUAAACCCAGUCAUGUGUAUCUGAUUUAUAAAGCUGAAGAGUUUUUUUUGUUUGUUUUUGUUUGUUUGUUUUUAAUUAUUUAUUUAUUAUUAUUAUUAUUUUUUAUUCCAUUGCUCUUUGGAACCCAUUAAGUGCUCACUAAGAGAAAAAUGUUUUUUCAAAAACAACAACAACAAAUGGAAAAUCCAAGCCAUUUUUCACCUGUGGGUUAACCUUGUUGUAGGCAGAUGUUUUAAAAAUGCAUUGCUCUGCUCUAGUGUACAAACAAGUGUAUGCGUGUGUUUGUGUGUGUGCACGCAUGUGCAUCCCUACCCGCUGAUGAAUGCCAGCUCUGCUGAAGUAAGUGCCGCAAGUCCUGUUACUGUAGGAGAUGCUCAUGUUGUAUAUUCUGGAAAAAGACUUGAGUGCUGUCUUUGCUUGUGAUUCUGAAGCCAUAAAUAGAUUUACAUUUUUUUUUGGUGAAAUAAUCACAUGAAUUAAAUAAGAGAAUAAUAGUCUCCCUUAUUUGGCAAAAAUCGGGAUCAUGUCAUGGUUUGACUCUUUUCAAGGAAAGCUAGAGGUCAAUUUCUACUGGUGCAGUUGAUAAAUGAAACCUUUGUAUCUGCUAAAGAACGAUUUUUUUUUUUUUUUUUUUCCCCCACACAUAUUUUGUCUUAUGGUUUGCUUAAAGACUUUUAAAUAUGACUUUCUUUCUCAUUAGAGUCAUAUAUUUGGACACACUGCUUGCAUGGGUUUGGUUAUGUAUACUCUUUGGAUAGCCUGUGUUAUAAAACUGGGGAUCUUUCUCCUUCAGACUAAUAUUCAGAGUUGUUUAAUGAAGGGAUAUUAUCAAAAUAGUAAGAAAAUUUCAGAAUGAUAAUUUGAGCACUUUCAUUAUCAUCUAAUAAUUUUUUUGGAAAAUCUCUUUUAUUUUAUUUUAUUUUAUUGUGAACAGAAUGCGUUCAUCUAUAUUUGAAAAUAGCCCAAUAAAAGUCUCAUGAAAUAAUU